UAUCACUCAAUGACGCCAUUGUUGUUGACAUUUAUCAUCCUGGGCUUUGGAAAAGUACCCGGACGAAAACAACCGGCAUUUUAAUAACUUAAGGAACAUAGGAAUGGAAUGAGAAGAGAAGAUCUUCCCCUUCUCUUCUACUUAGGACCCAUCAGCAUUACUACAAUAACUAUUUCUGAAUUUCCAGUCUCUCCUCAAAAUAAACCCAAUCGUCAUAAAUUGUGAGGAUGGUCCCUAGCAUCUUCCAUGUGCUUUGGACCAUCCCUCUCAAAUUGUCUAGGUGGAAUUGGUUGCAAGAAUUUGAAUAUUUUAAAACAGAUUAAGUAAAGUUAAAGUCUAGUGUAUGGAUUCACCUGAAGAUGACAACAGUUUACCAUGUGAUUCUGCUGAUGAGUUUGAUUCGUCCAAAAGAACUGUAGUUGAUGCUGGAGUUCAAUUAGACUUUAACAAUGAAUGCAAGCCAAUUGAGGACCUUGAUAGUGCCUUUCAAACUAAUUUUGCUAAUAUAAAUAUGAAACUACCAGUGGCAGUUCAGAGUUGUGUUCCAUCGGCUCUUCAAGUUUCUUCAGAAUUAGUUGUUAUUACAAAUGCUGGUACUGGUAUGGUACUAAACGAACAAAAGCUUCCAAUAUCAACUUUUCAUUCAGCUGAUGUUACUGAUUCAUUAACAAAGCGAUUAUGCAUUGAACAAGAUGGACAAACAUAUAUUUUAGCUUUACAAGAUGGGCUUGAUGGAUUCUCAAAUAUUGUAGAAAUGCAACCAAAAAAUUUCCAAUCUGUUGAUGCAUCUCAGCUUUUAAGUUUCCAAGAGCCUAAUACUUUGCAAAAUAAAGAAGGAAUCAACCAGAAUUGGUUUACCAGUAAAGAAGAAAAGGUCACUUUGCAUAGUAAAGGUCAUAUUUGGAAGACUGGUAUGUGGUCUAAAGAAGAAAUUGAAUUAUUGGAAAAUAAUAUCCAGUUAUAUUGUAAGGAACAUGACAUUUCUAAUCCUGCAACAAUAGUAUUUGAGAUGGCCAAAGAUGAAAGAAAGGACUUCUAUCGUACUAUUGCUAAAGGACUUAAUCGACCUCUUUUCUCUGUAUAUAGACGUGUGAUUAGAAUGUAUGAUAAUAAAAACCAUGUGGGGAAAUAUACAACUGAAGAGUUAGAGAAAUUAAAAAAGUUGCGUUCAAUGUAUGGCAAUGAUUGGCAGGCCAUUGGAGCUGCCAUGGGAAGAAGUGCCUCUUCAAUCAAAGAUCGUUGCAGGUUGAUGAAAGAUAACUGCAAUCAAGGAAAAUGGUUACCUGCUGAAGAACGGAGGUUAGCUGAUGCUGUUUACGAACUUGCAAAUGUUUUGCCUGGUGAUAUGGUUUCAAGUGGUUUAUCAUGGGCAGUAGUUGCUGAGCGAGUUGGAACUCGCUCAGAGAAACAGUGCCGCACAAAAUGGUUGAAUUAUUUAAACUGGAAAGUUGCAGGUGGAACGGAUUGGACACGAGAUGAUGAUGUUCAGUUAAUUUGCAGAGUUUGUGCUUAUAAUGCGUCUGAUGAAAAUGAUGUUGAUUGGGCUCAUUUAUCGAAAGGCUGGUCAAGUGUGAGGUCACCUCAGUGGCUGAGAGGUAAAUGGUGGAAUCUCAAAAGACAUGUGCCAAAUGCAAAUAGUAUUACUUUUCAAGAAAUUUGUGAUUACUUAUAUCAGCAUUUCAUUUUGAAAUGUAAAGUUAAAGAAGAAGUAGCCACUCAAUCAGAUUCUUUAGCCAAUUCAUUAGAGUUGCAAGCCAUUAUAAACCGUCCUAAGCAAGCCAUUUUACAGUCUGUAACUCUUCCUGCUACUCCUCCUCCUCCUAUUGUUGUUACAGCUUCAACUCAAGGAUUUCCACCUCCUGUUGUUUCUCUGACAAAUGGGCAAUGUGUAGACAUAGUAAACUCUCCAACUCCACUCACUUCAGUUACUGUUAGUCCAGUUUUGCAGACUCUCCUUCCUCAGAAUAUUCAGUUAACAUCAACUCCUCACACCUUUCUUCUGACAACUCCUGCUCAACAAACUUUACCUAUUUCCACAGCUCUUCCACACAAUCAGAUCAUUAUACAGGCAAUGCCACCGGAAACAAUGGAAAGGGAUGAAAAUGUUGCAGUACAUAUGAAUGAAAAUGUAACUGUUCAGAUGAAUGCCCCACAUAUUAUUAUCAGUAAUCCUAAUACAUCGACUCUAACAUCUUUGGCUUCCACUCAGAUCCCUUCAGCACCUCCUUCGCCUUCUAAUGCAUUAGAAGGUGCAGAUUCCUCUCUUAUAGUAGAGUCAUAUGGUGUUCAAGCUAUUGACGAAGGUGUAGUAAUGCAUCAAGAUGUUGAUAUUGAAUCAGUUGCUCAAAAAUCAAAUCAUCUAAUAUCAGCAGAUCCAAUGCUGGCAGCAAAUGGAAGUCCAGACACAACAAAUUCAGACACAGAAUCAGAAAAACAAACAUCUGAUGACCAUCUGGAUCAUGCACAAAAUUAAUUAUAUACAGAAUGUUCUAUUCAAAAUAAAUAUCAUGUUGUUCAA